AUGGAGUAUCACCGUGAUUCGGCCCGAUCGCCCGGCGACCGCUGGAGCGGCCGCGACGACACGAGGAUCAAGGAGGAGAGGGGAGACACCUUCUACCGCAGUGGCAGAUCUCCUGGUACUGACCGUAGUCGCCGUCGGUCUCGGUCUCCCGCUGUAGUCGAUCGGUACGAGCCAAGGGGACGGGGCCGCGACGAGUAUGCCGGCACUCGCGAUCGGGAUGACCGCGGUCGUCGUUCCCCCCAUCCAAACAUCGACCGUUACGUACCUGGCCAAGAUUCCACACCGCAUCGAAGCCUGAACAAUAUUCUGCCCGAUCCUCUCAAGUUGCCAUAUCAGGUAGGGUUCUCGUGGUUUGGCGAGUGGUGGAGGUCGAACGAAAAAAUAAAGGAGGAUAAGGAGCGGCUCAAGAGCGGUCGGAGUAGGGAACCCGAGCGCCCUCGAGGCCCGCGCGAAGUCCAGGCGGAUCGGGAGAAGGAGAAGGCCAAGAUCCAAGCUGCUUACGACAAAUACAAAGAGGACCUCCAAGCCAAAAUGGCUCAUACCUUUGUUAAACAGCACAAGGAGGAGCAGUGGUUCAAAGAGCGCUACGUACCCGACGUUCGCGACCCCUUCCGCCAGCAAUUGAACGAGCAGCGGCACAGUGCGUAUGCUCGAUGGGAGCAGGACCUCGCGUCCGGCAUCUUUGACGAGUUAUCUCUCGAGGGCAUCCCAAAGAGUGAGAGCAACGGAGCCGGUGGCGUUGUCGAAAAGGAAGAGGGUGAAGCAACGGCCGCAAAUGAAGUACUCGGCGUCGGUGAUCUGGUGCCUACUAUGCCCGCCGACGUCAGGGACGAGAGCCUGGAUCAGCCCACUCUCCUUAUCAAAACCAUCGCGCCCUCUGUAAGCCGCCAGAACCUUGAAGCCUUCUGCAAGGAGCAUCUUGGGGAGGGAGAAGGUGGUUUCAAGUGGCUGUCCUUGAGCGACCCCAACCCCAGUAAACGGUACCACAGGAUCGGUUGGAUCAUGUUGCACCCCGCACCCGAGGCCCCGAUCCCUGAUGAGACCGAGGAGGAGGCCAAACAAGAUGAAGAUGGCGAGUCCAAGUCUGCCGCUCCCGUUUCGACUGCCGAGAAAGCUCUUGAGGCGAUCAAUGGCAAAACUGUCAAGGACGAGCUGCGUGGUGACUUCACCUGCCAUGUUGGUGUCCAUAACCCACCUUCGCACCCCAGGAAGAAGGCGCUUUGGGAUCUGUUCUCUGCCCCAGACCGCAUUCGCAAAGACCUCCAGUUAGCCACCGAACUCGUCGCCAAGUUUGAGGCAGACGUUGGGUCUGAUUUCAAUGCUGCCCGCCAAAUUGAAGAGCAUGCCUAUCGACUUCGUGAUGAAGGGAAACUUCACCCGGCGGUGCUCACGGCCCCGGUUAAGAAGCCUAAGAAGGAGCGGCGCCUUCGCCUAGACGAGUCCUUGGACGUGGAGCGCGAAGAGGGAGAGGAUCAUGACAUGAUUGAAGAGGGAGAGGACGACGAGGACGAAGGCAUGGUGGAUGACGAGGUUGAUGACAUGGACCUUUUGGUUGACAAGAAGCGACUGGAUCUGACCAUCGAGUACCUUCGUCGCGUCUUCAACUUCUGCUUCUUCUGCGUUUUCGAGAGCGACUCGAUCCAUGAGCUGACCCGCAAAUGCCCGGGCGGUCACCUCCGAAGGCCCCGGAGCACUCUGUCCUCGGCUGCCAAAGCUGUGGCUGAGGCGAGCGCAAAUGGGGACCCUUUCCCAGCUAAAAAGCGCAAGGAGGAGGAUAUCGAGGAGGGCGAGGCACCCGAAGAGGAUCGCAAGUUCCGCGCCACGUCAAAGGCCGAGCAACAACUGCAGCGGGCCUAUAAUUGGGUCAAGACGUUUGAAGACAAGAUCAACCAAAUUCUGCACCCCGAGACGGCCGACCUUCGGAAGCUUGGCGGCAAGCCAGUGGAGGAUGCGAUCAACGACGACCUAGGCAAGUAUUGCAAGCAAGAGGACGAGCAUAAGUGGCGCUGCAAGGUACCCGAAUGUACCAAGCUCUUCAAGGAGGAAUACUUCUGGCGCAAGCACGUCGAGAAACGCCACGUCGAGUGGCUUGAGAAGCUCAAGGAAGAGGUGAACCAUUACCCCCAACCCAUUCCACCAUCUAUCUAUGUUAACGCUAUGAUACAGUUCGAACUCAUCAACGCCUAUGUCCUCGACCCUGCCCACAUCGCCCCCUCGCGCACCGACGCAAACUCGAAUGGCCACUUCCCCCAGUCCAACGGCCAACAACCGACGGGCACCCCCCGUGGCUUCAACCUGCAGAGCUAUGCCGUGAACAACAUGAUGAACUUCCCGAGCUUUCCUAUGCCCAUGUUCCCGGCCGGGAUCAUGAGCGGCGCCGGCGGCGCAAAUCCCCUGGCCAACCCGGCUGCCUGGCACGCCGGUGCUGGUGGAGACGAGCGUGGCGGCUCUGCCGGCCCUAUCCGUCGCGGCGGCGCGUCGGGCGGCGGCGGGGGUAGGUUUCAGAGCCGGUCUGGUCCGUAUGACCGUCGCGGGAACAACCCCCGCUAUGGUGGCGGCGACGGUGGCAGCAUGAUGGGUGGCGGGCGCGGCCGUCCUGGACCGGCGAACAGAUGGGGUGACGGCGUCGGUGGCGCUGCCGUCGGGCCCCGCGAGGCAGUCCAAGGCCGGACGCUCAAGAGCUACGAGGACCUGGAUCAGGUAUCGGGUGGUGGUGGUGGUGAGCUUAACUAUUAG